AUGGCGCCCACGUCUUCUGUUGACCACGAUGGCGAUGUUGAGGCGAGAAGACCCGAGGAGGAGACGCCGCUGUUGGCCCACGACCUGCCGCAGACCAUUGCCCCAACCAGGGCCUAUCAAAUCAAAGUCAUCGGGUUGGCGAUGACCUUCAUCAUUCUUAUCGAAAUUGGCGUGUAUCUUCAGGUUCCGCCUUCCUAUCAGCUCAUGGAGGAAAUCAUUUGUCGCAAGCACUACCCCGAUCACAUCAUCUCACAAGACGACGAUGACGAUCUCUGCAAGGCUGCACUAGUCCAAGGCGAGCUGGCCAUGGUCAAGGGCUGGCAAGCCUCAUUUGACUGCAUAGCACGCAAGUCUUCACUGCUCACGGCUAUCCCCUACGGCGUUAUUGCGGAUAAGUACGGCCGCCGGCCAGUCCUAUCACUAGCGAUGCUAGGCAUUACGUUGGAGUUCCUGUGGAUGGUGCAACCGCUCGGCAUGAUUCUUCUGAUUGUUGGAACAUGUCUUCCACCUUUCCUCCCCGAGACGCUUGACCUGCGCCGGGCUGCCGAUGAAGAGGUGGAACAAACGCUCCACCGGGCCGAGCACGGCGCAAAAGUCAAUCGUACGCUGAAGGAGCAAAUUGUCUUCGCGGUUAAGAACGAUAUGGGCCACGUAUAUAACUUCCUCAUCAAGUCCCGGCGGGUAAUCGGCUUAGUGGCUGGGUUCAAUCUGACGGUUGUCGUCAAGUAUGUCAAGGCGGACAUCAUGGCGCAGUACGUCCAUAAUCUGUUUGGUUGGUCUUGGGCAAAGGCCACCCUUAUUGGUACCGUAUCGACCAUCACCAAUAUAGUCAUGCUGCUUGUCAUCCUUCCGACGUUGGGCUGGUACAUCACGAAACGCACGGGCGUGCACCCCCUAGUCCGAGACAUAUGGCUCGUCCGAUUGACCGGUAUUCUCCUGUCUCUUGGUUGCUUCAUGGUUGCAAUUGCGUUUGUUCCCUGGUUUCUGAUCGCCGCCCUCAUCAUCUUCUCACUUGGCACCGCUUACACAAAUAUUUGCCGGGCGGUGCUCAACGCCGUUGUGGAGCCACACACGAUCGGUACGCUCAACACGACCAUCAGCUGGGUGGAGCAGAUGAGUCUGCUCAUUUCAGCGCCCAUCAUCUCGGGCUUGCUGAAAGCCGGAAACGCGGCAGGCGGUAUGUGGAUUGGGUUGCCGUAUAUGGCAGCGACCGUGAUGGCGGUCGGCGGCACUAUCAUUGUCUUUUUGUAUCGUUUGCCUGGUGAGAAGCUCACCUAA